AUGGUUGAAAUAAGAUUAAAAACAAAAAAUUCAAGUUGUGAAUUUAAUCUUGAUUUUAGUGAAGUUAAAAUACCGGACGAUAUAAAUAUAUUAAAAGAUUUAGAAAAGGAAAUUGAAAAUUCAAUUUAUCAUCUAAAAAGGUCGAAUGAAGAAAUAAAAGAAUUUGACCCACUUGGAAAAGAUAAUGACCUUUUUUUGGCAUUAAAUGAAAAUAAAUUUGCUUUAAGUAGAAAAGAAGAAAGAUUACAAUUAAUUAAAAAGAAAAUACAUAACUUAGAAAGUUUAAAUUUAUUAAAUGAAGUGAGUGUAUGCAAUGAUCCGUUAACUAAUAAAGAUAAAAAGUUAGAAAUUGGGAUUUUAAAUGAAAAUGAUAAUUCAAAAGAUGAAAAUAAUGAUUCUUCAAUAAAAAAUAUCUUGAGUGAUAAUUUAAAUGAUGAGAAUUUAUAUUAUGAUAAUAGUAAUCAAAAUUAUUUAUGUAACAAAAAUUUGAGUGGGACAAUUAAAGAUGAAAGUGAAACACAUUCUGAAAAGAACACAAAUGCUCUAGAUGAAAAUGGUAUUUAUUUAUAG